UGAGGCCGCCUGCCGCCGGGAGCGCGCCGGCGCGGAGCUGGCGGCGGAGUCGGAGCCAUGCUGCUCUUCUGCCCCGGGUGCGGGAACGGGCUGAUCGUGGAGGAGGGCCAGCGCUGCCACCGCUUCGCCUGCAACACUUGCCCCUACGUGCACAACGUCACCCGCAAGGUAACGAACCGGAAGUACCCAAAACUGAAAGAAGUGGAUGAUGUGCUUGGGGGAGCAGCUGCCUGGGAAAACGUUGACUCUACGGCAGAGCCAUGUCCCAAGUGCGAGCACCCCCGAGCUUACUUCAUGCAGCUCCAGACCCGCUCUGCAGACGAGCCCAUGACCACCUUCUACAAGUGCUGCAGUGCUCAGUGUGGACACCGCUGGAGGGACUAGGACGGCCCAGCUGCGCAGUGACGUCCAGUGGGAUACAAAGGAUUGAACCCAGGGCCUUGUGCAUGCUCGUAGAACAGAUUCUACAGAGUGUGUCUUGCUGACCGUGAAGAUACUCCUACCUGCAGCUGUAGUUCACUGCAGACUUUGCUUGGGGCUGAUUUCCAGUGCCCAGCUCAGCCUCCAGGGGGUGACUCCUCAGAUCAACAGUAGCGUCUGUCUGCUCAGCAAGAGCCCAGGAAAAUGACUUCCCACCAUUCUCUGGCUUUGAUGAACUGUCGACAUGGUCCCCAGUGUCUUCCUCUCUCAGAACACUUUUUCACCGAAAGGCCGGUGGUCCUAGACUUGCUUCCUCAGGUCUGCUUCUUCAGCUGCAGCCUCCCGUGGCCUCACUAAGCCACAGUCAGUAAAUGGCUUUCCUUGCUUGACUGACAAACGAGCCACUGGGAAACAUCACUGGCUUGCAGCCGUGUCCACUCUUCACACGUGAACAUAUUCCACUGCAGUGAGAUUUUCUAUUCAACUUCUGAGUUUCCUGACUGACUUUUCUGUGCUGGGCACAUCCCCUUCUUGGCUGCUGUCUGAUAACGUGGACACUGCUGUCGUCACGCCCAAACACAUGGCUUUGCCCUCGGAGUUUCGCUCACUUUACUUGUUAGCACUGGCGUGGAACCCAGGUUGCUCUACCACGAGCUGCCCCCAUUUUCAGUUUUAAUGUGUGUGAAGAGACCCUGUUGUGUAUUGAGAGUGGUUCUGAUGAUUUCCUGUCUGGUAAUGUCAACCAGCUGCAGUGUCA